UCUCGUCUGGUCAAAAAGUUGGACGCCUUCAGCUUUUUGAGAUUACGCAUAAGAAGAAAGAUAGAUCUCCUAUGACAUCCGAAGCUGGAGAAAUUAUGGAGAAACUAAAGGAGAAAAAGACGGAAUAUAAAGCGAUUGUUUUGACUGAUAGUUCUGUUAAUCUUGAGAACAUUGAUAACAUAAUUAUUACUGAAGUUUUGGGUCCUGAAAAGCAUAGUCGGGUUCGAUUUCAAGGAUCUGGUGUUACCCCGACCCAAUAUUUUGGAUCCGGCUCCCAGCAAUACAUGCCUUACAGGAGUCAAACUCAAGCUGAAGUUCAGAGGUUAAGAGACCAGAUAGCUCAGAUGCAAGCGAGCACAGUUGAGCAAAUUACCGAGGUUGAAAGAAAAUAUGAAGAACUCCAGCAACGACUUAGAGCGGAUGCAGUAGCAAGGAAGGCAGCGGCAGCAGGGAGGGAGGUAGCGGCAGCAGCGAAGGAGGCAGAGGCAGCAGCGAUGGUAGCAGAGCAGAGCAGAAAGUAUGAUGAGCUCCAGCUACAGCUUUAGCAUGUGAUGCAGAUGUUUCAGCAGUCGCAAAAGCCGUCAUCUUAGGCAUUUGUUUUCUCGUUGUAAGAAUAUUUUUAACAUUGUCACAUUUAACAUUAUUGUAAGAAUAUUUUGACUUAUACUUCAUUUAUUAAUUUACAUCAUAUAUCUUUUGUUGAA